UUCAUUCUGGAUUUAAGUUUUGCAAAGAUAAAACGUACUAAAGAGACUGUAAAUUAAUUAAACAUUCUAUAUAGUGUGUAGUGAAUCAAUAAAUGAAUGUAAUCUAGUUUAUGCUAAUAAAUAAGCCUACUAUAUCUUUCAAUAAGGCUGAGAAAAAUUGAAGAAAAUUAAAAUAAAAAAAUGAAAAUUUAAAAAAAUAAAAAAAUGCGAUUUAAUGUGAAAGAGAUUAAGGAAUUAGCCUCUCAACACAAAUGUGAAAAAGAAGGCAAUCUGUUUUUCCGUGAGCGUCAAGAGGGAUUUUUUCGAAAAACGGAAGGUGAAGAUACUGAUAAAAGUGGAUUGAGUUGCAUUAAUCUUAAGAUCAAUAACCAUAAUAAGUCACAUAAUCAAGUAACCCGCAGAAGAUCAUUCAGUUGUAUUGGAUUGUCAAAAGUCAGUAACCAAAGAUGGUGCAAAUUGCGUGGAAAUUUGCUAUUUUAUUUCAAAUCAAAUGAUCAAUUUUCGGAGCCUUCGGGUGUUAUUGUGCUUGAGAAAUAUCGUGUGACUAUUCCAAAUGAGCCAUCAGAGACUUUUGAAGGAUAUCCAUUUUAUAUAGAAUUUGACGACGGGCUGAAUCAAAGACUUGGAGCGAAUACGAUAGAGGAACGGAAUGAGUGGGUUCAGGCACUAAGAAUUGCUGGCUAUGAUAUCAUGAGAGCACAAUUGCAGUAUUUGCGAGAACAAAUCGAGAAGCGUCGUGGUAGUCAUAAAAUGGAUGUAGAUGUUGAAAUGCAUCGAUUACAGACAGGCAAUAUGAAUAUAGAUUUCGCAGAAGUGCCAAUUUGUGAAUCGGUAAUAUCGUGUGACAAUCUCAGUUGUGAUGCUUAUGGGAAACCGCCAAAUGCAUCAAUUGUCGUUCAAGUCACAUCAUCGAAUGGCGGCUGGAUAAAAUACGGACGAACUGAAGUCAUAGAAAAAUCAUCAAAUCCACAGUUUUUAUGUACAAUUGUUUUUCGGGCAUCAGAUGGUUUAAAUGCGAGCACAAUGAUCCGAUUUACAGCAUACGACGUGCGAGAAAAAGUUUCUCAAACUGCUGUACCUUUAGGGUUUGCAGAAAUAUCUCUAGGUGUUAUUCAAGACACAACACGUUUACGUAUUCCAAUCAGAAGCCAAAACAAUAAUGUUGGAUUUAUUACGAUUGUUACUUUUACGCCUGAAAAUGAUAAGAAGCUUCGUUCUCCAGCUAAAUUAAAUGAGCAUCAGUCAAUCGGACAUAGACGAUCUCAGUCACUUCCACCGAAACUCGGAGUGAAACUCUUUAUUCCCAAUCACAUGAAACUUCCUCUUUUGUUCACUAAUCCAUGUAUUCGAACUUAUCGAGCACACUCAGGCCUCGCCGGCGGUGAUAUAAGCGUUCACGAAUUUAUGCUCGAAAGUAUGCUUUGUUUCAUCAUUCCACAACAGCUUUUGUCGAUUUGGAUAAUGCGUGAAAAAGAAUUGUUACAAGAAAUUAGUGCGAUGGGAGAAUUAGGUGGUGAAUGGAAGAAUAAACAAUUGGAACUGCUUGAUGCACAUUUAAGACUAUUGAGGGAUUAUUCGCAAGCAAAACAAAGUCUACAAUAUCAUAAUGGACGUGGAGGGAAAUACUUUAAGCCAUCAGCAAAGCGAAAUGAUGAUUCAUUGGAAUUUGCACCGAUAAAUCUUCAUUUACAAAGAAUGGUUGCACAUAAUGAUACGUUAAAGAAGUCUGGAUGUUUGGAUGUAAUGACAGUUGGUGCAUUUACAAGGCACACGGGUAAACAGAAGACUGGUGGAUUAAUUAAACUACUACAUCAAAUUAAAGACACACCAACAAGAACUGAACAAGUUCAACAUAAAGUACAGGCAGCUAAUGAUGUUGUACAAUCAAUCAAGCAGCUAAGAAAGGAAAUUGUUGAAAUUAUGUCACAACUUCUUUUACUUGCUAAGACAAAAUCAACGAAGAAUAUGAUUCCGUUGUGUAAUGAAAUGAUGAGUAAGACACGUGCAUUAUUAAAUAUUUGGGAGCCCUCAUUAGUUGAGGAAGCUUUUAGAUUUAUAGAGCAACAUCGAAUAAUUGAUGAGCCAGAUAAUACAAUAACUCCUUUAUCGCCAUUUAAAAAGAUUACUCAGCAACUGUGUGCAUUAGAUCUUAAAAGUCCAGAAUUAGAAGACUUUGCAACGCCAAAUGAUCAUGUGCCAGAUUUGUGGCCACAAAAAGUGGCAAGAUCUGAAUCUAAAUUAGGAUUUAUGAAGGCAAAAUCGCCGUCAGCAACUGACAUUAAUGCAAUCACAAAUGCCCAAAAUGCUGUGCAUUCAUAUCAAAAUUUUAAUACGAGUGAAAAAAUGUCCAUGUCACUUCCUCCGAUGUUCGCAUCUGAUCAAAUUAAGGAACAAGUGCAUGAGUUGAAAUUCAGUGAAACACAUUUUGAUAUCAACGGAGAUGUCUCAUCGUCAGCGAUGGAUUUAAAUGCUGAAAAUAUUGGGUGCAGUGAAAAUAAUAAUAAUAAUAAUAAUAAUGAAAAUGAUAUGCGAAUUUCGUUGACACCAGAUCAACUGAUUGAAAAUAAAAAUGAAUUAUUGUCGAGCAUAUAUGACGAGAAUGGAUAUUUGAUUGAAAACACAUCAAUCGUAUUAAAUCAUAAUGGUGCUUUCCUCGAUACGAAAGUCAUGACAUCGUCUGAUUUUUAUAGGCCUAGUGAAGAGCCUGAACCAUUGGAUUUAACGCAAUUAAAUAUCGAAGCGAGUGUAAUGUGCUUAGUCAGUAAAGUUAAAUUUUUAUGCGGUCGAUGUGGAUCGCCAGCAGUUCGAUUGCGUCAACCUAGAAAUUCUAUUUCGUCUCUUAAACGUGAUUCAAUGAAUAAUGAUGUGGUAACAAGUCAACCAAUAAGUGAAAAUGGCAAUAUUAAUUCUUCAUCAAUAACAUUGACAAAUGGAAGUAAAUCGUCAAAUAACAUGCCAAGUAAGGAUUUAAAUUUAGCAUUAACUGAGGCAGUCGGUGAAGUCACGAGAAAGGUGAAAAAAGGCAACAAAUUUACGGAUGGGUUAGAUCUUUCAUCAACUACAGACUGGGCAAAUGAAUUGAGGCCAUCGAUGAAAAAAUUACGACAAGCUAUGGAUGGCUUGCUAAAAACGGCACGUUUGAUUCAUUCUGUACAACGAUUGCAUCAAGAUACGAAAAAAAUAACUUCAAACUUGGCCAUUAUGUACCGUCGAGAUGUUUGUUUUUCGCAGGCGUUAACGACACUCAUAACAUCAUUGAUGGGAAAGUUUUGGGGCUCAAACAUUACCGAGCAUUAUGUCAAUAUUAUUUGUGCACUCGGACCAUUGGUUUAUUUUGAAGGUUAUUUAUCGCUUUAUGGAAGUGAAGCAGAUUUCUGGUCCGAUAUGAAUGUGGCUAUUGAGGACUUAUCGACAGUAAAUUUCACACUUGUUCGACACAAUGGAAAUAAUACAAAGGCUAUGCCAACGCCGAGAAUCCAUGGUUCUCGACAAUCAUUGGUUGUCUACUUACCAGUUCCUGAUUAUGUUUAUGCUAUGUUGCCUCCUUCCAAUGGACAAUCUCCACUCAAUCGUGAUCAAAUUACAUUUAAAGUAACACCUGUGUUCUUCAAUAUUGGAAUAAAUGAAAUGGCAACAUUGGCUGAAUCGCUCGGAUAUUGCAGAGAACAGCAUCGUUCGAAUUUUGACAAUUUUGAUCGAUUGAAACGUUAUCAUAUCAUGUAUAAAAAGAUUCCAAUUCCUGAUCCGAAGGCAAACAGCAAUGAUACUUCUCCGAAGAAUUAUUUCAUUCAAGUACCAUCGUCGAUAAAAGAUAAUUCUGUUUCCGAGCAGGUCGUUAUAAACAUGCUUGAUAAAAUGGAAGAAUUGUUGAGAAUAAAUACAUCAAAGAAUAUAAAGGUUCUACAUGUUGCACAGGAUAUAACGAGAGCUCUUAAUGGCUUGAGAGUCACUUCGUGUAAGAGCGCAAAAGAUCGCACUGGAAUGGCAGUUACGUUAGAGCAGGCGAGAAUUUUGCAGCAAGAAUUUCAUUUGCCAAAUGUUAAUCUCCAAAAUGUUCUGGAUGUAAUGAGAUCUGAAGGAACGAGACUUGACAAUACGUUUAAAAAUAUUUGCCGAAGGAAGUAUGCAUUUAAUUUGCCACAAGUUCUGGCACUUCCACCACUUUAUCGUCCACCAACUGCAUCGUUUGGAAAGGCACAAUCUUAAAUCUAUCAUUUUUAAAAAAUAAAUUAAAAUGAGUCGAUUUGGAACUAUUUUAAACUUUUUAAGAAUUUAUCUUCCGUACUUACUUAUUGACACAAUAAAAAUUGUAAUCGAAGAAAUUAGUGUGAUAUACCUAAAUAAUUGGGAUUUACUUUGUAAUAAUUCUGUUAUUAUCUGAACUAUACUGUUGUCUUCUUCUAGACUCUUUUUGUAUACAUGCACAAACAGCAUACAUAUUAUUUAUAUCUUAUUACCAAAGAACAAGAAUAUAACGAGCACACAAACGUACUUUUUUGACUACCAACAGUUUUCUAUUUACAAUACAGUUUCCUUUUAGUGCCAAAAUAUAGUUUCAUUCUUAAUUUUUUUUUAAAUUGCAUGUUUUUUUGGGGAAAUGAAUGACAUUUUUAUAGACAUUGACAAAAUUAAUGGGGUAACAAUUUUAGGAAUAUGAAUUUUAACGAAAAUGAUUAAUAUGCAAUUUUUUCCGCAAUAUACCCGAUUCGGAUAUUAUUGUUAAAAUACUUUUAAUUCACAAUAUAUCAAAAAAAAACUUAAUAAAUGAUGA